CCAGUGACCCAGUGCCGGACAGAGGGCAGCACGCGGGGCCUGGCUGCCGUGCCGCGCCUGGCCCUGGACGUCAUGGGCUGCGAGGUGCUGCGUGUCCUGCAGCUCACUGACACCGCCCUCGUCCCCAUCAGCUACCUGGUGCCACGCAAGUCCAUCCAAGACUUCCAUGAGGAUCUGUUCCCCGACUGUGCCGGGAUGUUGCCAGCCACUGGUGCCCAGGCUUGGUGGGCAGGGGACAGCCAGCAGGUGGGGAGGGUGAGCCUGCACCCCAUGCGGAGAUCCACAGAGUCCUUCAGCUCCCCUGUCAUCGCCUGCACCCAGCUACAGGCAGCCGACACCAGCUCUACCGAUGCCAACGCCGACCGGAGCGAGGGCAGUGGCUGCGCAGGGAUGGCCACGCACCCCUCACCCUUACCAGGUCACACGGAGAAGAUCUACUCCAUCCGCUUCCAUCCCGUGGCAUCCGAUCUCCUGGUUUCCUCCUCCUACGACAUGAUGGUGCGGAUCUGGGAGCUCAAAGCUGGGCGGGAAGUUUUGUGCCUGCGGGGACACACUGAUCAGAUCUUCAGCCUGGCCUGGAGCCCCGAUGGGAAGAAGCUGGCGACGGUGAGCAAAGACAGCCGGAUACGGCUCUACGAGCCCCGGCGCAGCCCUCAGCCCCAACAGGAAGGUCCGGGUCCCGAGGGGGGCCGUGGAGCACGCCUGGUUUGGGUUUGUGGUGGUGACUAUCUCCUGGUGUCUGGUUUCGAUAGCCGCAGCGAGAGAAGGAUCCUCCUGUACCGGGCACAGGCUCUGCCUGAGGGACCCUUGUCUGUCCUUGGCCUUGACGUGGCCCCUUCCACGCUCCUGCCCUUCUAUGAUGAGGAUACCAGUGUUGUCUUCCUCACUGGCAAGGGCGACACCAGAGUCUUCCUCUACGAGGUGACACCCGCGCCCCCCUAUUUCCUCGAGUGCAACAGCUUCACCUCCAACGAACCCCACAAGGGCUUCGUCUUCCUGCCCAAAACGGCAUGCGAGGUGCGGGAGGUGGAGUUCGCCCGGGCCCUGCGCCUGGGGCAAAGCACCCUCGAGCCGGUGGCUUUCCACGUGCCUCGCGUCAAGAAGGAGUAUUUCCAGGACGAUAUCUACCCGCCGACCCGCGUGAGGUGGGACACGGCCCCCAGCGCCAAGUACCUGGCGCAGAUCAUCCUGGUGGGGGCCCAGGUGGUCGGACGGGCCUUCAUGCGGGCGCUGCGCCAGGAGUUUGCAGCGAGCCGAGCAGCGGCAGACGCGCGAGGGCGCUCAGAGAGGCCCCAGUCCGCUGCUGCUUCCAGGAUCAUCGGCAUCAGCCUCCAGGAAGCUCAGCAGAUCCUCAACGUCUCGAACCUCAACCCGGAGGAGAUCCAGAAGAACUACGACCACUUGUUCAAGGUGAACGACAAGUCGGUGGGAGGCUCCUUCUACCUGCAGUCCAAGGUGGUGAGAGCCAAGGAGCGGCUGGACGAGGAGCUCCGCAUCCAGGCCAAGGACGAGAAGGAGAAGGGGUGGAAAGCCGAGACGUGACUCCUGCCGUUCCCACACCCCUCACCCUUAACUUAUAGGUAGCCAAUAAAUACCAUGUCCUCCA